AAAAAAAAAGGCAACAAAGCUCUCACUCUCUCCCAUCUUCUUCUUCGUUUCUCUUUCUUUACAACAUCAUCAUACACUCAAGCAGCAGCAGACACACCAAAAAAAAAAUAUAUAAAUAUAUAUGUAAAUUUGACGGCCCAGCAAAAUCUCAUAUUUACAGAGCGACACGCAAGAGAAGCACCCAUCAAUGCCUGCCCACGCCUCGGCUUCUUCACCGGACAACAUUAAUCCCGACAAUGAACAACAACAAGGUGAAGAGCAAGAGCAAGAGCAUCAUCAACAACAGCAACGACAAGACUUGUCUGAGCUAUCUCCUCCUCUACAAAACGGGCAUCCAACUGACCAAGAACAGCAGCACCAUCAAAAUGGUCAGCAUCAAGAACUAGAAGAAGAGGAGGAGGAGGAAGUGGACAAGAAAGAAGGAGCAGAAGUUCAAGAAGAAGAAGAAGAUGAUGAUGAAGUAAAGGAAGAGGAAGGAGAAGAGGAAGGGGGAGGAGGAGGAGGAGGAGGAGGAGGGAAAGAAGAAUCUGAUGGAACCCAGUCGUCUUCUUCUUCCAGUUCUGAAAAUGAGGAAAAGCCCGAAUUUGUCUUCGUGGAACUGCUGGACAUUCGUAAAGAUGUGCAGUGUCCAAUAUGUUUAGGGAUCAUAAAGAAAACACGAACUGUAAUGGAAUGCCUGCACCGUUUUUGCAGGGAAUGCAUUGAUAAAUCAAUGCGAAUGGGGAACAAUGAAUGCCCUGCUUGCCGCACACAUUGUGCAAGUCGGCGAUCCUUGAGAGAUGAUCCAAACUAUGAUGCCCUAAUUGCAGCCCUAUAUCCAGACAUUGAUAAGUAUGAGGAAGAGGAAUUGGCUUUUCAUGAAGAGGAAAGGACUCGGAACAAGCAGAUUCAAGCUUCAAUCGCUCAAAUAAUUCAAAGACAGUCAGAAGCACUGGUUAAGAGACGCACGCUGGGUAAAGAAUCAACUUUCGCGACACGACCACAGCGAACACAGCGGCCUAUUUCAAGGAGGCGACGGAACAGUCGAGGCAGUGAUUUUCAAGGAUAUGAAGACAUUGAGGAUGAAAAUGAUGACAAUAUGGGCAAGGACUCGUCUUCCACUGAUGACCGCUCUACAGAAGUUAGGCAGAGGAGGCGCAAGAGACAGCGGACCUCCCAGCCCUCUUCUUCAGCCGUGAAUUCAGAGGGUGGAUGUGCUGAAAAUGAUUUAGAUUCAAACAGAGAAAACAGGGGAUUAUCUCCUGGGCUUGCGUGGAACACAGAAAUGCUUGCUUGGGGCAGGGGCGGUACUCGGAGUCAUACAAGACAUGGUAAUCCUAGUGGUUGCAACAAUAAGAAUUCACGAAAUACUCGCUUAUCCAAGCUGGUAGAAUAUCUCAGGGGCUUAGAUGAGAAAAAUGAUGAGUUGGAUAUUCAUCUCAAGCUUAUUACUUUGGACAAACACAGUGCACCAACUUUAAAGCAGCCCUACCUUUGCUGCCGGCCCAGUUUGUCAAUCAAACACCUAUGUGAAUAUGUUGCUCACCAAACAACUUUGCAAGCUGAAGAAGUUGAAAUAUUGUUAGUGAAGGGGAAGCACCAGUCCGAUGAAAAUUUUCCCACCAAGCAUCCUCAGAUCCCUAUGGAUGAUGAGCUGCAAAUUCUGAAAGGACAAGAAACAGUGGCAGGCCUUAAAGCAAGCUGCUCUUCCAGCAGAGAUCAUUUGAUACUAGCUUAUCGGCAGAAGGAGUUAAUCAAAAGUUGAUGUUUCGGCUUCAAUGGAAGAAAAAGAAAAGGCUUCCAUCUCAUUUAUAUUUUUUCAACUUUUAGAUUAGUCUUUUGAUUUUAAUUUAUUGCCACUGCUUCCUUUUCUCAGAACCCAAAGCCUUGUAUACGAAUUUUAUGUUAGAUUGUGAUAUAUAAGAAAAAAGUUGCUUUUAUUGUUA